CUUCCAAUAGUUAAUAAACGUGUAAUUGUAGUAGGGGAAUCGACUUGACGCCGCGACGAACACCGGAUAUAACGUCAGAGAAACAGCGCCACAGAAUCGAUUGACUGAAUCUGAGAGGAGCGACACGUUUGGCUGUGCAUGGCCAGCGUGGAGCAGGUGGCAGCAGUGGGACAGGUUCUUGUUGACCCAUCCCAGCAACUGAAACAAAGGUUCAGAGCUCUAUUCACCCUGAAAAAUUUGGGAGGUGCCGAUGCCAUCGAGUGGAUCAGUAAAGCCUUCUGUGAUGAGUCUGCCUUGCUGAAGCAUGAGCUGGCCUACUGUUUGGGCCAGAUGCAGGACCCUCGGGCCAUCUCCACCUUGACCGCUGUUCUUAAAGACACUGAUCAGGAACCCAUGGUCAGGCAUGAAGCAGGAGAGGCUCUUGGAGCAAUUGGUGAUUGCACAGUUCUAAGCCUCCUCAAAGAGUACAGUCAAGAUCCAGUCAUAGAGGUAGCUGAGACAUGUCAGCUGGCAGUGCGUCGGUUAGAGUGGCUCCAGAGUGGAGGAGAGAAAGAGUUGCAAAAUGGCAACACUGACAACAACCCCUACUGUUCAGUGGACCCGGCCCCUCCAGCUGAAAAGAAAAGUGUACCCGAGCUGCGCGCCACCUUGUUGGACGAGAACCUCCCACUGUUUGAUCGCUAUCGCGCCAUGUUUGCGCUGCGAAACCGUGGAAGCGAGGACGCAGUGCUGGCACUCGGAGACGGCCUGGAAUGCUCCAGUGCUCUGUUCCGUCACGAGAUAGGCUACGUCCUGGGUCAGAUGCAGCACCCAGCUGCCAUCCCGGCCCUCAAAGCUGCUCUGGAGCGUUCAGGUGAAAACCCCAUGGUCCGUCACGAGGCAGCAGAGGCGCUGGGGUCCAUCGGGAGAGACGAUUGCUUUGAUGUGCUGCAGCAAUACCGUGCCGACAAAGAACGUGUGGUGAAAGAGAGUUGUGAGGUGGCUCUGGACAUGCUGGACUACGAAAACAGUGACCAGUUCCAGUAUGCAGAUGGAAUAGCCAGGUUACAGAGUUGAUAUGAGUGGUGCCGUUUCCAAUUGCAUAUGUUUUAGAAAAGACAGUUUUCUACUGGUCCCGACUCAUCACAUCAUGUGGGAGAAUUGUAAUGUACAGAUUCUGGUGUGACUCAUUUUUAUGAGCCUAAUGAUAUGUUUAACACAAAGUGGGCUUUUCUCAUAACACAUUCAAUUAUGUGUUGCACCUUUAGUCGUGAGACCUCAUGUCAAUCCAUCUAUUUAAAGAGGAGAACACAAAUUGCUUAAACAGCUCAAUAAAAGAUUUUUGUUUUUAAAUGGACAUUGUACAAUUGUACAUUGCUGCUCAGGUUGACUUUUUUCAGUGUAUGUGAGCCCUUCCUUUAUCUCCUUUCCUUCAAGACCAUCCUGAGUCAGGUUCUAUGGAAGUUACUGCCUCAAGUGUAGGGUGCAACGUCUCCCAGUGAACUGGACCAAGGUGUACUGUGUCUAUAAAAUAAUAAAUGUGUCUUUAUU